GGACCACGAGCUGACUAUUAGGAGCUUGCGGGACCAGCUGAAGAAGCACCGGCAGGAGAAUGAACGGCUGAAGGCGCUCGUCGCGCGGGAGAGCCGGGAGAAGGGUGCGAAGGACGCGCAGAUUGCGCAGCUCACGGCGGACGUCGCGAGUAUCAAGGGGACGAGCCACCACGUCCUCCCCGAGCUGGAAGAGCACAUCACCUGCGAAAUCUGCGUCAUGAAAAUGUGGUCGCCCUACACGCUCCCAGACUGCGGCCACACCUUCUGCCAGUCCUGCCUCGAAGACUGGCUGAGCUCCACGCUCGCCAAGCACGUCGCCGAGCACCCGCGCUACAACCCCAACAUCCACAUCCCCGCGCACCUCCUGCACGACCCGCGCCUGCAGGCGCAGAUCCUCGCGCUGCGCGGCCCGCAGCCGGGCUAUACGUGCCCGGCGUGCCGCGCGCCGGUGAAGAGCCGGCCGGUGGAGGUGUACGCGCUGAAGAACGUUGUGAGGACGGUGGGGAGGGCGCUGGGCGAGAGCAGCCCGCGGAAGGUGCUCCCGCCGCGGGGCGCGGGGCGCCAGGGCCCUUGGGAUGCGUUUUUUCCUGAACGAUGA